UUUAAGAUAAUUCAUUCCCUCUUUGUCUGCUCAGAUAAUUCGUUCCUUGCUGUCUUAAACCCUCUAGCACGAGUUGAUGCCUUUUCGACUCAGUGAGCGAAGUCAAAAAAGGGUUUAACUCACUCAACCGAGUUGAUGAAUCUCCUCGCUAUAACCUCCACUUCUAUCUUCUUCCUUCCCGUUGUUUCUUCUUCUUCUUCUUCUUCCAUUGUUGCAACAAGAGCUUCUGCAUUUCCUUCUUCUUCUUACAAGUUCACAUCCAGCGCAGGUUUAAGAAGAUGUGUCAACAAGGAAAAAGAAGAGGUGCUUCUAGAAGGGAUGCCUUCUCACUAUUAUGAUGAUGAAUGGCAAGCCCAACAACGUGAAAAGACUAAGGAGUUGCAUCGAAGGCGCAGAGAAGAAGAAGAGGAAGAAGAGAGAAAGAUUGACGAGUAUCGUGAAGUUGGCAUGCGGUUGAAAGGAUACCCUGAAGAAGAUGUUAGAAAUGCACGGAAAUUGGUUUCAAGCUUCAUAAGAGCCGUUGACGAAGUAGAAGAGAAAAUUGAGGAAGCUGCUGAGAGAGGAGAACUUACUGAACUUGUUUUGCUGGUCAUAUGGAAUCGCCUUGAUCUUGCUCGGCGUGAUGAAGAAAAGGAUGCUAUAAGAAGUCUGGAUCUGUUAUACAGAAGGGUUGAGACUGAGAUCUUGAAGCGAGAGGCUACUCCUGCAAUGAGAUUGCUCAAUGAUCUUUUGAUUAUGUAUGAUGGCUUUAAUUUCGACGAGUGGCUAAAUAAAUGUAAAAAGAUCAUGAGUGAUACAUUUCCCCCGGAGGAUCCAUAUAGCAUUCUUGUUCCACCUGGAUUUGAGUCAUUUGACAUAGAUAAGCAUCAUGGGCCAUUGCGACCAUCACUUGAAAUCGAUGAUAAUACUCUUUUGAGGGUGGACUUUGUAAGGGAGGUGGAUGAAUUGCUGCAAGAGGUUCGUUUGGAACAGGAUGAAGAAGAAAAUGAACAAGAGUUAAAUCCCGAGUCAGUUGCAAAUAAAUUAAAACAACAAGAGAAGCAGCAAACUAUACGCCAAGUAGAAGCUCUGCUAGAUUUAGCCAUUAGUUUGAAAUGGUAGCUAUUUUAUUUGGUCCAUGCUUGUAUUUUGAUUUACAUAUAUCUUUUGAGUUGUCCAACAGUUUGUAGUUUUGAAUAGAAAUUAGUAUGUAGUGCAACUUCAAUCCAAGUAACUUCAUGGUGUUGUAUUUUUUCCCCUUAUAAGGAUAAUGAUGUAAAUAAUUUUUACCAACUCAAAAGAAACACAAAUGCAGGCAUUACAA